AUGCCUUUCUUCCUGACCCUGGCACUGGCUCCAACUCUGCUUAGUACCUCUGAGGCCAAGUCACUAAAUGUUUACUCGGAGGAAAAGCUUGAGAAGGAGGGUCAGGUCAAGAAUAUCAGGGCAACUCUGGAUUGUGCUGCUAAGCGAAUGGUGUUAAAGACCACAGGGGGUGAGGAGGUUAUGGUGAUAGGUGAACGAAGGGAUUAUUUGUUGAAUGUGGUGUCAGCGUUGAGAGCCAAGAAGUGGAUUCGCAAGGGUUGUGAGACUUAUUUGGAAUUUGUAAGUCAGUUGGAGACUGAGGGUCUGACGGUGGAUAAAUUAAGGGUCAAGGAGGUAGAUAGUCAUAAAACAGCAUUCAGGACUAAGUAUGGUCAUUAUGAGUUUCUGGUUAUGCUUGAAGAGAAGCAUGAUAAACAUCUCCGCAUUGUACUGCAAGUAUUGAGGGAGAGGGAACUCUAUGCGAAAUUUAGUAAGUGUGAAUUCUGGUUGAGGGAGAUAACCUUCUUAGAUCAUGUUGUCUAUGCUGAAGGGAUCAAAGUGGACCCUCAAAAGAUUGAAACGAUUCUGGAGUGGAAGUCACCUAGGUCGAUGUCAGAAAUUCGGAGUUUCUUGGGUUUGGCAGGGUACUACAGAAGGCGAUAUCAUUCUGACCCUACCCAUGUCAUGCCGAUUGCAGAGAUCGAAGUGCAGCCUGAUUUGACUUUUGAGGAAGAGCCUGUGCAGAUACUGGAUCAGGAUGUUAAGGUUCUAAGAAGGAAGUACAGCUGGAGGGUGGCACGUGUGGAGGCCAUUUUGGAUGUGGAGCGUGAAGCCACUGGUGGCUGCUUGCGACGUGAGGGGAGAUGGGGCUAG